ACUGGAGAAGUCCCCUUUGGUGUUUGUACCUGGUCUGCGUCCUUUGCCUUUGCUCGGUUGUAUAACUAUAUCCAAGAUGUCGCAGACUGUUGGAAAGACUCGUCUGGCCUACUCGCGAGCAUGGCACUACGUUGACGUAGGCAGUGACGGCCGGACCCUCGGCCGUCUGGCUUCCUCCAUCGCCCUCGUCCUCAUGGGCAAGAACAAGCCCAUCUAUGAUCCCUCCACCGACUGCGGUGACUAUGUCGUCGCCGUCGGCUGCCACGACCUCCGUACCACCGGCAAGAAGCGCCAACAGAAGAAGUACUACACGCACACCACCCGGCCCGGUAGCCUCAAGAGCAUGACCAUGGACAUGAUGUUUGAGAAAUGGGGCGGUGGUGAGGUCCUGCGCCGCGCCGUUCGUGGCAUGCUGCCCAAGAACCGGCUGAGGGAUAAGCGGUUGGCGAGAUUGAAGACUUUCGAGGGACUCAACCACCCGUACAAGCAGAAUAUCAUCAAGGUCGGCGGCGAGUCAUCGGUCAUCGGAAACCUCCCCGAGGUCCAGCAGGCAUUCCAGACGGCCAAGGCGGCGGCGGCGGCGGAGACAUGGGAUGAGACGAUAUUCUUCUCGGCUCUCUCUCUUUUCUUGAUCGCGCCUUCCCCUCCCCCUCCUUUCCCGCGGAUACCAUCUGACUGUGUAUUCUUUCCUCGCAUUGGUGGGAGUUCCAAAUGUUUCGAUUUCUCUUAUCUCUCUUUUCGGUCAUAAUUCUAUACACAUAUUCUUUGAUCUGAUGUGUCGGAAGCGCCGGACUUAGGGUCUUCGAUGGGUUCCUGUCGGUCUACGCACCGCUUCGGUUUUAUCCUUGCGCUGUUUACCUGUGGGUCUAUGCGGAGUGUGUCGCCGAGAGCGGGGUGUGCUGUAUCAUAACCGAUCAAUUCAGUGAAUGCUAUGCCCUAUCCCGA